AUGGCGGAGAACGUACGGUCGCCUUUUGACUACCGGGAGCCACCAACCCUCGACAGCGACGGGGAUGGGAGCAAGCCUCCGCCGCCCCGAGGGUGAGAUAAAUAGCUUAACGGGGAAUACAUUUUUGUUGUGUAUCUGAUCACUUGCUAACGUUACUUUGUUUGAAAGUGAAGUAGAACGCAAGCCCUGCAUGAGCGUGUAUUUGUUUAGUUCCAGGCUUCCAUCCGCGUGAUGAUUCUGCUGACAAAAAUGACACACAGCAAAAGUGCUUUUUCGUUUCGGGAUCGCUAGCUAGUUUCGUAAUUGUGCAAGCUUGCACAGUCUGUCACCCACUUCACUUAACGCCGAUUAGCCCUAUGAUUUUGCUCUUUCAUUUGGAAGCUGUAAUGCACUGUCUUUUAUUUAAAUAACCAGCUAGCUAGCCAUCUUAGCUUGUCUGGCCAGCUAACGCGUUAGUUACAUCGGCAGAACAGUAACGUUAGUCUUAGAUAACUGACUAGCUAACUAGAUUUAAUUGUAUUUAGGAUAGCCUUACAUGAUUCUGAUAACUAACGUUAGCUAACUAGCGAGAUGCAUUAUUCCUUGAUGGCUUAUUAUUUGUGCAUAUUUAAUAAUUAAAACAACAUCUGCAUACCAGAUGUUUUGGUAGCUAGCUAGAUCAUUUCUAUUCAAACUGAUGUUGGGGAAAAGCCCCAGUUACAUUCAGGCAUCACUUUCACUGUGUUGAUGAUCUGACUGACUUGUUGUCUACUGUAUCAGAGAGAGCGAAUGAGGGAUGCAAAUGUGUAUCUCAGGUGUGUGUGGAGUGGGGCGCAUUUAUAUAGGUCUGCUAUUAGGGUUUGUCAAAUAUUUAUUUAAAAAAUGUAAAUUAUUUCACUAUCUUAACAUUGUUCCAAAUAUAUAUAUUAUAAUUAUAAAGCUAUUAUUUUCUGUCUUUGAUAUCAGAUUAUUUAGAUCAUUUAUGGAUUUGAUUCAAUUUGUUGAUAGUAUCCAAUAUAAUAUAAUUUCAACAUUUGUCUGUCACCCCAAUUGUUAAUGCCAUAUCUAUUUCAUUGCCCUUUUGAAUAUAACUUUAGAAACAAUAUUAGAAUAACAUUGCUGUGAUUUAAAUUAUUCGAUACGGUAGUGGCUGUAGGCCUACUUGGGGUUGUUUGAUAGCAAUAAAUGGCCUAUUCAUAAUGUGGCAGAUGUAAAUGCAAGUUACUUUACAUGGCCAAAUGUAUGUGGACACUCCUUCAAAGUAGUGGAUUCCUCUAUUUCAGCCACACCCGUUGCUGACGUGUAUAAAAUCGAGCACACAGCCAUUGUCAGUAGAAUGGCCCGUACUGAGGAGCUCAGUGACUUUCAACGUGGCACCGUCACAGGAUUCCAUCUUUCCAACAAGUCAGUUCUUAACAUUUAUGCCCUGCUAGAACUGUAAGUGCUGUUAUUGUGAAGUGGAAAAUGUCUAUGAGCAACAACGGCUCAGCCGCGAAGUGGUAGGCCACACAAGCUCACAGAACGGGACCGCUGAAGCGUGUAGCGCGUAAAAAUCAUCUGUCCUCGGUUGCAACACUCACUACCGCGUUCCAAACUGCCUCUGGAAGCAACGUCAGCGCAAGUACUGUUCGUCAGGAGCUUCAUGAAAUGGGUUUCCAUGGCCGAGCAGCCACACACAAGCCUAAGAUCACCAUGCACAUUGCCAAGCUUCGGCUGAAGUGGUGUAAAGCUUGCCACCAUUGGACUCUGGAGCAGUGGAAACGCAUUCUCUGGAGUGAUAAAUCACGCUUCACCAUCUGGCAGUCCGACAGACGAAUCUGGGUUUGGCGGAUGCCAGGAGAGAACGCUACCUUUAUCUAGAAAUGUAAUUCUUGUCAUGCACAACAGAAAUGUCUGCAGCCGACAGUAUUUUUCAGUGACAACAAGUUUCUGGGGACAUUAUUCCAUUACACACAGGUGUUCAGCGCAUGCUACGUAGCUAAUUAGCACAGGUGGUCCCUCUGUCUUCCAUCUGUCUGCCGUAAACACGCGCUGUAACAUGGAGAUAUGGCCAUGUGGGAACACUAACCCUAUAAAGGUGUGUAUCAAUGCAACUUUAUUUAUUAUUAUUUAUUGCUGAUAUGAAAGAUAAGGACCUUAUGCUCCCAAAACCUGUACCGCAAGCGAUGCGUGUUAAUGUUCAGACUGAGCGUUUGGGCACUUAACAAAACUCCCCCUUGCAGAAGACUCCUUCGUCCAAUGACUCUUAUGUGUAAUGGAACUGAAAGUCAUGAACAAGGGCUAAAGGAACCCCUCAUGUGUAUUGUAGGCGGGUGUGUGGGAGAAAAAGGAAGGGUACGCCCGUGAAGGUGUGUGACCUGGCCUACGUGACUGAGGACGAAGAGGAGGAAAGUCUGUCUGAACACAGCUACAGUCCGGGUAAAAACACACACACACACACACACACACACACACACACACACACACACACACACACACACACACACACACACACACACACACACACAGACACCCUAUCAUGUGCCUUCAGAAAGUAUUCACACCCCUUGACUUUUUCCAAAUGUUGUUGUGUUAUAGCCUGGAUUUGUCACUGGCCUACACACAAUACCCCAUAAUGUCAAAGAGGAAUUAUGUUUUUACAAACUCAUAACAAAAUGUAAAGCUGGAAUGUCUUGAGUCAAUAAGUAUUCAACCCCUUUGUUAUGGCAAACCUAAAUACGUUCAGGAGUAAACAUUUGCUUCACAAGUUGCAUGGACUCACUCUGUGUGCAACAAUAGUGUUUAACAUGAUUGUUGAAUGACUACCUCAUCUCUGUACCCCACACAUACAAUUAUCUGUAAGGUCCCUUAGUCGAGCAGUGAAUUUCAAACACAGAUUCAACCAAAAGACCAGGGAGGUUUUCCAAUGCCUUGCAAAUAAGGGCACCUAUUGGUAGAUGGUUAAAAUAAAGCAGACAUUGAAUAUCCCUUUGAACAUGGUGAAGUUAUUAAAUACACUUUGGACGGUGUAUCAAUACACCCAGUCACUACAAAUAUACAGGCGUCCUUUCUAACUAAUUUGCCGGAGAGGAAGGAAACCACUCAGGGAUUUCACCAUGAGGCCAUUGGUGACUUUAAAUCAGUUACAGAGUUUAAUGGCUGUGAUAGGAGAAGACUGGGGAUGGAUCAACAACAUUGUUGUUACUCCACAAUACUAACCUAAUUGACAGAGUGAAAAGAAGGAAGCCCGUACAGAAUAAAAAUAUUCCAAAACAUGCAUCAUGUUUGCAACAAGGCACUAAAGUCAUGUGGCAAAGCCAAAACAACACAUUACUGAGUACCACUCUCCAUAUAUUUAAGCAUAGUGGUGUUUGCAUCAUGUUAUGGGUAUGCUUGUAAUCACUGGGGAGUUUUUCAGGAUACAAAACUAAUGGAAUGGAGCUAAGCACAGACCAAAUCCUAGAGGAAAACCUGGUUCCUUUCAACAAGACAAUAACCUUAAACAGAAGGCCAAAUCUACACUGGAGUUGCUUACCAAAAAAUACAUUGAAUGUUCCUGAGUGGCCAAUUUACAGUUUUGACUUAAAUCUACUUGGAAAUCUAUUGCAAGACCUGAACAAUGGUUGUCUAGCAAUAAUCAACAACCAAUUUGACAGAGCUUGAAGAAUUUUGAAAAGAAUGAUUGCCAAAUGUUGCACAAUCCAGGUGUGGAAUGCUUUUAGAGACUUACCCAGAAGGACUAACAGCUGUAAUCGCUGCCAAAGGUGCUUCUACAAAGUAUUGACUCGGCAUGUCAAUACUUAUGUAUAUUAGAUAUUUCUGUAUUUCAUUUUCAAUAAAUGUGCAAAAAUGUCUAAACAUGUUUUCACUUUGUCAUUAUGGGGUAUUGUGUGUAGAUGGGUAUAUGGGUGAGGGGAAAAAAAUACUAUUUUAAUCAAUUUUGAAUUCAGGCUGUAACACAACAGUAUGUGGGAUAAGUCAAGGGGUAUUAAUACUUUCUGAAGGCACUGUAUGUGUAAGUAUACAUUUGGUUAAAUGUGUGCUUCUGUUCUUACCUGUGUGUAACUCUACUAGGUGGUGAGCAGUACCCAGAGGGAGCGGAGGACAGACUGCCUCCACCAGGAAGCCCUUACUACCUUGCUGACCCCUCCCAGCUCUGGUGAGAGAGACAAUAGGAUUAUUGAAUUACACUUUAAAAAAUGUAUUCUUCUAAAACAAACAGCCAAUGUCAAACAUAAAUAUAAAGGCAACAUGCAACAAUUUCAAAGAUUUUACUGAGUUUACAGUUCAAAUAAGGAAAUCAGUCAAUUUAAAUACAUUUAUUAGGCCCUAAUAUAUGGACUUCACCACUGGGAAUACAGAUAUGCAUCUGUUGGUCACAGAUACCUUUAAAAAAAGGUAGGGGCGUGGAUCAAAAAAACCGGUCAGUAUCUGGUGUGAUCAGCAUUUGCCUCAUGCAGUGUGACACAUCUCCUUCGCAAAGUGUUGAUCAGGCUGUUGAUUGUGGAAUGUUGUCCCACUCCUCUUCAAUGGCUGUGCGAAGUUGCUGGAUAUUGGCGUGAACUGGAACGCGCUGUUUUACAUGUCGAUCCAGAGCAUACUAAACAUGCUCAAUGGGUGACAUGUCUGGUGAGUAUGCAGACAAUGGAAGAACUUGGAUAUUUUCAGCUUCCAGGAAUUGUAUACAGAUCCUUUCGACACAGGCCAUGCAUUAUCAUGCUGAAACAUGAGGUGAUGGCGGUGGAUGAAUGGCACGACAAUGGGCCUCAGGAUCUCGUCACUGUAUCUCUGUGCAUUCAAUUGCCAUCGAUAAAAUGCAAUUGUAUUCAUUGCCCGUAGCUUAUGCCUGCCCUUACUGUAACUUCACCGCCACAAUGGGGCACUAUGUUCACAACGUUGACAUCAGCAAACCGUUCGCCCAAACGAUGCAAUCUGCCCAGUACAGUUGAAACUGGGAUUAAUCUGUGAAGAGCACAAUUCUCCAGCGUGCCAGUGGCCAUUGAAGGUGAGCAUUUGCCCACUGAAGUCGGUUACGACGCCGAACUGUAGUCAGAUCAAGAUCCUGGUGAGGACGACGAGCAUGCAGAUGAGCUUCCCUGAGACGGUUUCUGACAGUUUGUGCAUAAAUUGUUCAAUUGUGCAAACCCACAAUUUCAUCAGCUGUCCGGGUGGCUGGUCUCAGACGUGAUGUGGAGGUCCUGGGCUGGCGUGGUUACACGUGGUCUGCGGUUGUGAAGCCGGUUGGAUGUACUGCCAAAUUUCUUUACUUCGGCUAAUUCUCUGGCAAUAGCUUUGGUUGACACUCCUGGAGUCAGCAUGCCAAUUGCACGCUCCCUCAAAACUUGAGACAUCUGUAGCAUUGUGUUGUGUGACAAAACUACAUAUUUUACAGUGGCAUUCUACAGUCCCCAGCAGAAGGUGCACCUGUGUAAUGAUCAUGCUGUUUAAUCAGCUUCUUCAUAUGCUAUACCUGUCAGAUGAAUGGAUUAUCUUGGCAAAGGAGAAAUGAUCACUAACAGGGAUGUAAACAAAUUUGUGCACAAAAUUUGAGAGAAAUAAGCUUUUUGUGUGUAUGGAAGAUUUCAGGGAUUUUUUAUUUAGGCUCAUAAACAUGGGAACAACGAACACUACAUGUUGCGUUUUAUAAUUUAGUUCAGUAUAAAUACAUUCUAAAAAUUAACAAACUUAAACAUACAGUAGUAGGCCUCGGCUACACAGUAGACCUAGCCUACUAGACAGACUUGGGUUACACAUAACCAGGGGUUAAUUUUUUGUAAGUAUUUUUUUUGGGGGGGGAACAUAAUCAGAACCGGGAACGAAAGUGAUCCAUACUGUUCCGGAACAUAACUGUUAUUUUAAAAGCAUGGGAACAGGUUAAUAACGUUAUUUGACGUUCUGGGACUUUUUUCAGUCCCACAAAAAAACGUUACAAGGCGCCUAUGCAAAGCCCUCACUCUGUCACUCAAACUUAUUCCAGUGUCUGCCUGCCAGCUGGAAAUCUUUGUCUGUGCGUGUAGGCUACCUGCUCCGCCCACCUCCGAAGCAUAGGCUACUGUAGCCUACUGACAUUACAAGCGUGAGUCAGAAAUUAGGGAGAGAUUUUUAAUCAGAAGAAUGGAUUAUUUUUCAAUGCUAGUUACAGAAACUAUAGUUAUCACGUUUCACAUUGGAUUUAUUAAAAUGCCUUCAGAAAGUAUUUACACCCCUUGACUUUUUCCACAUUUUGUGUUACAGCCUGAAUUAAAAACGGAUAUGUAGCUGCAAUAUGUCACUUUUUGGGCGACCAGAACAAAUUCUCAUAGUAAUAGAAAUGUGAGUGAUAGAUCUGUCAUUCUCAUUGAAAGCAAGUCUAAGAUGUGGUAGAUCUUUUCUAUGCACGCUAUUUCUAUGCACCGCGUUGAGUUUUUGCCUCUUUUUUUACUUUUGGUUUUGUACUCCCGAGUGGCGCAGUGGUCUAAGGCCCUAGCUGUGCCACUAGAGAUCCUGGUUCGAGUCCAGGCUCUGUCGCAGCCGGCCGCGACCGGGAGACCCAUGGGCGGCGCACAAUUGGUCCAGCGUUGUCCAAGGUAGGGGAGGGUUUGGCCGGCAGGGAUGUGGGUUCGUUUCCCACAGGGCGCCAGUAUAAAAAAAUUAAUAAUAAUAAUGCAUUCACUAACUGUAAGUCGCUCUGGAUAAGAGCGUCUGCUAAAUGACUCAAAGGAAAAUGUAAAAUGUACACCAGCUUCAAACAGCUGAAAUACAAUAUUUUUGGUUAUUGAAAGGUUUUUCACACUGGUUUAGAUGGUAUAAUGUUUCUCUACAUUAUACAUUGCUUGUUUUGUCACACAAACUGACAUUAGGCGAACUAGUCGAAUUUUAGCAACCAGGAAAUGGCGGAGCGAUUUCUGCAUAUUGCAAGUUUUUUAAAUUGAGAUUUUUUUGUCACUGCCCACACAAUACCCCAUAAUGUCAAAGUAGAAUUAAUGUUUUUCAAAAUUGUUACACAUUUUAUAAAAAAUUAAAAGCUGAAUUGUCUUGAGUCGAUAAGUAUUCAACCCAUUUAUUAUGGCAAGCCUAAAUAAGGUCAGGAGCACACAUUUGCUUAACAAGUAAGUUGCAUGGAUUCACUCUGUGUACAAUAGUGUUAAACAAUUGUUUUUUUGAUGACUACCUUAUCUCUGUACCCCACACAUACAAUUAUCUGUAAGGUCCCUUAGUCGAGCAAUGAAUUUCCAACACAGAUUCAACCACAAAGAACAGGGAGGUUUUCCAAUGGCUCACAAAGAAGGGCACCUGUUGGCAGAUGAAAUUUGUCCUGAAUACAAAGUGUCUUGUUUGGGGCAAAUCCAAUACAACACAUUACUGAGUACCACUCUCCAUAUUUUCAAGCACAGCGGUGGCUGCAUCAUGUAUCAUCCACCAGACAGUGUAGAUUAAUUCACCUUUCAGCAGGACAAUAACCUAAAACGCAAGGCCAAAUCUACACUGGAGUUGCUUAUGAAAAAAGACAGUGAAUGUUCCUGAGUGGCCGAGUUGCAUUUAAGUCAAAACUGUAUUUGAAAAUCUAUGGCAAGACCUGAAAAAUGAUUUUCUAGCAAUAAUCAACAACCAAUUUGAUAGAGCUUGAAGAAUUUUGAAGAUAACAAUAGCCAAAUAUUGCACAAUCCGGUGUGGAGAGCUCUUAGACUUACCCAGAAACAGCUGUAAUCGCUGCCAAAGGUGCUUCUAAAAAGUAUUGACUCAGAGGUGUGAAUACUUAUGUAAAUAAGAUCAAAUCACAUUUUAUUUUGUCACAUGCACUGAAUACAACAGGUUACCUUACCGUGAAAUGCUUUCUUAAAAGCCUGUAACCAACAAUGCAGUUCAAGAAAUAGAGUUAAGAAAAUAUUUACUAAAUAAACUAAAGUAAAAAAUAAAAUAACAAUAACGAGGCUAUUUACAGGGGGUACCGAGUCAAUGUGCAGGUUAGUCGAGGUAAUUUUUACAUGUACAGUGCCUUGCAAAAGUAUUCAUCCCCCUUGCCGUUUUUCCUAUUUUGUUGCAUUACAACCUGUAAUUUAAAUUUUAAUUUAUUUGGAUUUCAUGUAAUGGACAUACAAAAAAAUAAAUAGCGGAAAAGUGAUGCGUGCAUAUGUAUUCACCCCCUUUGCUAUGAAGCCCCUAAAUACGAUCUGGUGCAACCAAUUACCUUCAGAAGUCACAUAAUUGGUUAAAUAAAGUCCACCUGUGUGCAAUCUAAAUGUCACAUGAUCUGUCAAAUGUCUCAGUAUAUAUACACCUGUUCUGAAAGGCCCCAGAGUCUGCAACACCACUAAGCAAGGGGCACCACCAAGCAAGCGGCACCAUGAAGACCAAGGAGCUCUCCAAACAGGUCAGGGACAAAGUUGUGGAGAAGUACAGAUCAGGGUUUGGUUAUAAAAAAAAUAUCCAAAACUUUGAACAUCCCACGGAGCACCAAUAAAUCCAUUAUUAAACAAUGGAAAGAAUAUGGCAUCACAACAAACCUGCCAAGAGAGGGCCGCCCACCAAAACCAACGGACCAGGCAAGGAGGGCAUUAAUCAGAGAGGCAACAAAGAGACCAAAGAUAACCCAGAAGGAGCUGCAAAGCUCCACAGCGGAGAUUGGAGUAUCUGUUCGUAGGACCACUUUAAGUCGUACACUCCGCUGGGCUUUACGGAAGAGUGGCCAAAAAAAAGCCAUUGCUUAAAGAAUAGAAUAAGCAAACACCUUUGGUGUUCGCCAAAAGCCAUGUGGGAGACUCCCCAAACAUAUGGAAGAAGGUACUCUGGUCAUAUGAGACUAUAAUUGUGCUUUUUGGCCAUCAAGGAAAAUGCUAUGUCUGGCGCAAACCCAACACCUCUCAUCACCCAGAGAACACCAUCCCAACAGUGAAGCAUGGUGGUGGCAGCAUCAUGCUGUGAGGUGAUCUAUUUUUUGUUGUUGAUUUAAUCCAUUUUGAAUUCAGGCUGUAACACAACAAAAUGUGGAAAAAGUCAAGGGGUAUGAAUACUUAAUGAACUACAAAAAGGUAAUACGUGUUUUUAAUUAUGUUGCCGCACUGCACACACAAGCUUUUUAGCUAGCUAGCUAGCUCUGGUCCAAUGUUAAGCCAACUCUGGGAAGUUCAAAGACAUUCAAAGUUUCUCCAUAGAAGCUGCUCCUCCGUAGGUAUAAUUCUGUGGGCGUAAUUUAGAUAAUGAAUAUCAUAACAAGAUGCCCAGCUCUUCAAGUCUCCUCAUCCUCGCUCUCUCCCCACCCGCAAAAUGCAGUCACAUCUCGUGCCCUACAUUGGUCUGUCUGUUGCAUGUAAACAAGAGCUUGCCCACUCCUUAGCAAGCUGUUCUAUCCACACUGAUUGGUGAAGUAAUUUUAUUUUGUCAAGCUAAUGUACAAAAUAUAUAUAUUUCAGAAGUUUAAAAAGGAACAGAAAGGAAUGAUAUAAACCGUUUUGUUUGGGUUCGAACCAGUUCAGAACUGUAUUUUGCAGGUUGGAACAGUGGAACGGAAUGAACAAAAAAAAAUGGUUCUGUUCAGAAUGAAAUUAUUUGAAAAUGUAUUUCAGUUCCAACCCCUGCUUAUGUGGUCCUCUGUAGCUCAGCUGGUAGAGCACGGCGCUUGUAACGCCAAGGUAGUGGGUUCGAUCCCCGGGACCACCCAUACACAAAAAAUGUAUGCACGCAUGACUGUAAGUCGCUUUGGAUAAAAGCGUCUGCUAAAUGGCAUAUUAUUAUUAUUAUUAUUAUUAUUAUAACAAAACAAAGGACGACAUUGUCAUAGCCAUAGAGCAGGACUCCCUCAGUAGAUCAGCGAUCUCAGGCUCCUAAACUGAGUUAGAUGAUGGUGAUGAUGAUGAUGCAGGUGUCUUGUCGGCUCUGAUGUUAUCCUCUGCAUCUCUGUAGCCUGUGAUGCAAGGUGAUGGAGUUGGUUUGCUGGCCCUGAUGUCGUCCUCAGCUCAGCCUCUCUGUAGCCUGGACUUUGUACCCCUCCACAACUAACGUGUAGCAAACACUUGUGUGAUGCCUCUGUUGCUGCUGCUGCUGCUAUGGCGCAAAAACCCCCACCACACACCAGUCUAGCGUGGUAGUCAUCCUCACUACGAGCUAACUUCCAUUUCCAUGAUAUAGUCUGUUCUCAUUGAUCAAGAAGCAGCCGGUUCUGAGAUGCAUAUUUUAAAUGUAAACAUUAGCCGGCUGGCUAGCUAGCUAGCCAAACCAGACAAGCCAACCUGCCUCUAAAAUAUGUACAACAUUUAUAGAGCUCUCUGUUUGCAUUGAGACUGCAGUGUAAGGCUCAACCUAUUGCAGUGGUCACUAAGUCUUCAAAGGGUGUGCAAGCUUUUGUUCAAGCGCAGUACUAGCACAUGGCAUUUCCAUCAAAGGACCCAUGAGAACCAACGUCAAGUUCAUAGGAGCAUAUCAAAUUGGGUGUCAAAUGAAUGCUAAGAGUCAAUUUACAUUCACAGUAGAAUGGCCAUACUGAAGAGCUCAGUGACUUUCAACGUGGCACCGUCAUAGGAUGCCACCUUUCCAACAAGUCAGUUCGUCAAAUUUCUGCCCUGCUUGAGCUGCCCUGGUCAACUGUAAGUGCUGUUAUUGUGAAGUGGAAACGUCUAGGAGCAACAACGGCUCAGCCGCGAAGUGGUAGGCCACACAAACUCACAGAACAGGAUCGGUGAGUGCUGAAGCGAGUAAAAAUCGUUUGUCCUUGGUUGCAAAACUCACUACCGAGUUCCAAACUGCCUCUGGAAGCAACGUCAGCACAAGAACUGUUCGUCAGGAGCUUCAUUAAAUGUUUUUUUCCAUGGCCGAGCAGCCGCGCACACAAGCCUAAGAUCACCAUGCGCAAUGCCAAGCGUCGGCUCGAGUGGUGUAAAGCUCGCCGCCAUCGGACUCUGGAGUAGUGGAAACGCAUUCUCUGGAGUGAUUAAUCACGCUUCACCAUCUAGCAGUCUGACGUACAAAUCUGGGUUUGGCAGAUUUUUAUUUUUAGUCAUUUAGCAGACGCUCUUAUCCAGAGCGACUUACAGUUAGUGAGUGCAUACAUUUUCAUACUGGCCCCCCGUGGGAAUCGAACCCACAACCCUGGCGUUGCAAACGCCAUGCUCUACCAACUGAGCUACACAGGACUAUAUGCCAGGAGAACGCUACCUGCCAGAAUGCAUAGUGCCAAAUGUAAAGUUUGGUGGCUAGGCCCCUUCGUUCCAGUGGAGGGAAAUCUUAACGCUACAGCAUACAAUUACAUUCUACACGAUUCUGUGCUUCCAACUUUGUGGCAACAGUUUGGGGAAGGCCCUUUCCUGUUUCAGCAUGACAAUGCCCCCGUGCACAAAGCGAGAUCCAUACAGAAAUGGUUUGUCGAGAUGGGUGUGGAAGAUUUUGACUGGCCUGCACAGAGCCCUGACCUCAACCCCUUCGAACACCUUUGGGAUGAAUUGGAACGCCGACUGCGAGCCAGGCCUAAUCGUCCAACAUUAAUGCCUGACCUCACUAAUGCUCUUGUGGCUGAAUGGAAACAAGUCCCCGCAGCAAUGUUCCAACAUCUAGUGGAAAGCCUUUCCAGAAGAGUGGAGGCUGUUAUAGCAGCAAAGGGGGGACCAACUCCAUAUUAAUGCCUAUGGAAUGAGAUGUUCAACGAGCAGGUUUGGAUAGCACAGUACAAUACAGCACAGGAGACACACAGGCACACACACGCCUACACACACGCUAGCACACACACACUCUACACAUGUACAUUUUAAUAUUGUAUGGUAGUAUUGUACAUUUUGUGCUGUGGAUAUGUAGUGGUGUGGUGCCUUGGCAGCAACUAAUGGGGAUCAAAAAAAUUGCUGACAUCUUAGAAUUUUAAUUCGGAGCAGAUAUUUUAAGAGUUUUUGGAAACGUGGUCGCAUAAACCUGAUGGAGACUUUACAUGAAUUCCAUUACCAAAGUUUGCAUCUGCAAGAGUUCUUCCACUAAAUUCGUUUUAGAAAAAUGUUCUGUGGAAAUUGUCACAAUUAGUCCUUUUGCAUAUAAUUGUAUGUUUUGAUAAACUUUGAAAUCAAUGGUUUUUGUUUGGCAUACAUUUUAAAGUGAAAAAAACUGAGUCAAAGCUCACGUAGGAUAGCCCACAACUCACCAAGACCUUGAUCAGUGAAAUGCGGUGUGUCAGUGCUGGGGUAGAGCAAAAGGUGGCACACCGUGUAUCUCUCCAGGACCAGGCUUGGUGACCACCAAUCCAAUGGUGAGUGGAUGGUAUGUAAUGUUAUUGUGUUUCUCGGUACAGUGUGUCGGAGCUGGGCGAGGAGGGGGCGAGUGGGGUCCGGGGGCCAGUGCUCUUCCACCCCCCGCCCAACUGCAGAAUCCGAGAGGUGCACUGUGGAAGCCAGGUGCGACUGGUCGUUAUAGCGAUCCACGACAUCGCCAAAGGGGAGGAGAUAACGGUGGACUACAGCCUGACGGACUGGGGAGAGAACGCCAUGGUGAUUAUGACUCACUGAUAACAUCACCAGCUUUCCUCAUCGCAAACCCAUUUCAGCCAUUCUUAAAUAUACUCGGUGAAUGAGUGUUGUUAGAGGUCAUGACGUCUGACUAACAGCAACCUUAUACACAUCAAAAUUGACAUUGUUCAUCUGUAGGCAUUACUAGUUACAUGUCAUGUUGUCUCCUUGUUCUAAAAAAAACAUUGCAAUGCCCAGUGUAAUUGUUGUGGCACUCAGAUAUAAAUGCUCUGAAUCCAUAUUGAAGCCUGUUGGUUGUGUUAUGAAUAUUCUAGGGAUUCCAUAGCUCUGUGUCUUCGCGAGGGUUUGACUGCAGCUUUAACCCAGACAAUAACAUUAAGAAGGUAAUCAAAACGGUUGUGACCCUACCUCAAGUUCAUUUAAUCAAUUGGUUACUGAGGGUAUUUACAAAGGUAUUUUUGUCUUGUUUUGGGGUUUGUCUCCAAACAGGAGGAAGAGCCCGGCCCCCACCCCCACCCUCUGUCUCUCUCCGUCUCCGACUACCUCACCCCCUCCUGGUCCCUCUCCCCCUCCUCCUCCCCACUCACCCACUCUGAGCCCAGCGACUCGGACCGAGAAGAAGAUGAGGAGGAAGACGACGACGAUGACGAUGAUGACGACGAUGAAGAAGAAGAGAUUGAGGAGCUGAGGGGCCGCAUGCUCCGCCGCCGAAAGAAGCGCAAGAUAGCUGUCACGGUCACCACCAAGAAGAGCAGCGCUGCCAACCCCAGGGCCGGACCCGGCCACCCCUGCUCGUCCUCCUCCUCCCGACUGGCCGCCACCUCCUCCCCGACCCAGUCUCAGCCCGCCAUGGCCCUGGCGCCCCCCACCACCAAUAUCAACAACAACAUCAACAUAAACAUCGGCAGCUCCAGCGGGGCUACGGUCAGCCGACGGCAGCACUGUUCCUACUGCGGCCGCCACUACCGUUCACUGGCGCGCCACCUGGAGAAACACCAUGCCAACCAGCCAAAGGUCAGGGCGGCCAUGGAUCUAGCCACACUCCACACACACUCCUCCUCUACCUCCUCCCAUCCUCACCCGUCCUCCACCAGCUCCUCUCAUGGCCACACCUUCGCCUCCCCCCAGCCCUCCUCAUCCUCCGUUCCCGCCCCUCCCCCUCUUUUCUCCAGGGAGAGAGAGAGGGAUGCGCCGGCCACUCGAAGUUCCUCGGGGGCGGUCUCCUUUUCGCUCUCACUGUCCCCGCCCUCGGCUGCUCAGUCGGCCGUGGCCAAGAAAGGCUCCAGCUUAUCGGUGCAGACGCCAAAGCAAGGCUCCGCCCCUGCAGUGGCGCCGGUGAAAAGUCUGCCCACACCCACACCACCCAGGAGGGGCCGCAGGCUGAAGAGAGCGAAGGAGGAGGAGCAGCAGAAAACGGAGGAGUGUGUCAGGAGCAAGGAGGAAGAGAUACCUCCACCUUCUACCCCCGAGCCGGAGGAAGAAGAGCCGGGUGAGGAGCUGGAGCUGAGUGUAGCCGGGGAAGAGGAGAGUCCUGAGGAUAAGAGUGCAGAGAUGGCUAGGUAUGUGAUGGAUAUGGUUCAGCUGCAUUGGAAAGAGAAGGCGGGCCUAACUGAAAUGUGAAAUAUUAAGUUCUGAAUCGAAACUGCUUGAGAAAUGACAGCAUAUUCUGCCAUUCUAUUAUUAUUAUUAUUAUUAUUGUUGUGAUAAAGACAAAGUAAAAAUAUUAUUUUUUGACAUUGUUUUUACUUUCUCUAGCUCCCACAGACAUCACAUGCCCCCUCUCCUCUCCUCCCUCUCCUGCCUGGUGCUCUACCUCCGCCGGCAACAGCACUCCUCCUUCUUGUCCCUGUCUCGCUCCCCCAGUUCGGCCGAGGCCUGGCGCCUCCUUUGCCACUCCAGCCUGGCGCUACUUAUCCUCUACAACCGCCACCGUGAGUGUGAAGUGGCCAAGCUCACCACCCAGGACUACCACAACCGCACCACCGCCCCGAGCCCGACCCAGGCUAACUUGGCCAACAACCCCACCACCGGCCUAGAGGCCAUCCUCUCCCCCUUCGAGCGCCAGGUCCUUUGCCACCUCCCCCGGGCAGGUGUGCUGGGCAAAAGGGGGCGCAUCCAGCCCCUCAUCCUGCCCCCGCACUGCGAGCCCUGCAUGGAGCUGCUCCUUCAUACCUCUGCCAACGUGGGCGUGGACCCCCACAGCCCCUACGUCUUCUCCCGGCCCUUCCACUCGCCCGCCACCCCGCUCCGGGGCACCGACCUGCUGCGCAACCUGGCACGGGCCAGCGGUGCCAAGAACCCCGGGGCGCUGACCCAGACACGGGUGCGCCGGCAGGUGGCCAUCCUCACCCAGCUACUGCUCCUGGAGGAAGGUGAAGGGCAGGGCCAGCCAGGCGGGGCGGCCGGCAAGCGCCUGGAAGACUUCCUGCAGAGGGAGUACCAUGUGACCCAGAGCUGCACCACGAUAGGCCGAGACCCUGCGCUGAUUGGACGUGUGGGCAGGGUGGUGCUUUAUGGGGAGCAGGAGGGCGUGCUGUUCAGGGGGAUGAGCCUGCAGCACAUUUGUCUGGAGCUGGAUGGUAAGGAGACACUGCCGGGAACUCGGCUCUGGUAUGACGAAGCUAGCACUCCCUACUAAUCCAUGAUAGAACGCCAUCCCUAAUCAAAGAAAGUUGGGGGCAUUCUGUUCAUUAAGGGUUUGCACCAGUGCAAAGCCUGCACCGGUUACCUUCAGAAGAGAAUACAAGAGAAAUGUUGAAUUGCAUUUAGGUGGGAACUAUUAAUCUCCCCAAUUUUCUCUCAUUGUGAUGAUGGAGGAGAGGAGGAAACAAGGAGGUUCUGAGAUGGAUCAGCAGUAGAGUAAUUGAUAGCUUUGUUAAUAGGAGAAUAUGCUCGUCAUGCUCACUAGGGGUAUGUUUACUAGUUGUAAGUUGUUAAUAAAGCAUGAAUAAGGGAGGCUUUACACUGAGGGAGGUGACACAAGGGCGAUUCUCCUCUCGCCAUGACAUACUGCUGUGAGCAAACUAACCAUAACAUUUUAAAUAGAUGGGAGCUCUAAAUACUGCACCUUGUGAUUGCAUUGCCUGCAGUACAACAAUCUGUCCUUCUCACAGACAUUGCUAACGGACUAUGUGAUAUGUUACGGUUUGCUCAUUACAAGUGUGUAAAUGCCAGAGGAAAACUUUGCCAUGAGUCACCAAGCCCUUUGCAUUGUAUAAGGCAGGUGAUGGUGAAUUAACAAAGCAUGUUGUAUAUGUGUUAUAGUGCCCUCUACCUCUUCUAUCCCUAUCCAACAGUCAUGUCAGGGAACUCUGCAGACUCCUUCUCAGGUGACUCAAACGGGGAGGCAGAGAAGGUGGAGGUGGUGACGAAGCGACCAGGUCGACCCCCCCGCAAGAAGAAAGGACCCCCUCCCUCCCCUGUCAACCCUCUGCUCCCUGGUGGCCACAAAAGGAGAAGCAUCCAGCCCAAGUCAGGUAUGUACCGUUGUAUUGUUUGGCCUACCCAACGCUUUAUGUAUUCAUGCGUAUUUGGGUGAAUGUUUUUGCACAAUUGCCCGUUAUUGCGCUACAUCCGUGCAAGCCAGUGCGUGCUAGCGUCAGACAAGUUUGAAAAACAAGGGACUCAACAAGCGAAUCGAUUACUUCCUCAUACCUAUCGAUUUUUCAAAUCUAGAAAUGUUGGUCAUUUCAUCCUUCGUUAGUUUUUGUUAUCAGUCGACUAAAACUCUGGACAAUUUAUGUCUAGUUUUAGUCAUAGCCAUUUUAGUCACAUAGUGUAUUAAAUAAUGAAUAUUUAGGCAACCUCUAAAUUCCAUAAUGUGCCUUGUCCAACUAGGCCUACUAUCCCCUCGUAUACCUUAGCUGGCAACAUUGAUAUUGUGGCAGAUUGUAACCCAUGCCAGACAUAAUUAAACAUAUAGACAAUAAAGCCUUGGCUACACGUUAAACAAUUUACAGCUCUGAUUUUCUCCCCAUCAUAACCAUCAAGGGGGGUAAAUAAGUGGUUUCCUUGAAAAGGGGAGAAUUUGAGCUUUCCAAGUAUUACUGUACUCCUAAUAUUCAACAAAUAGCAUACGCUUUUCCAAUUGGAAAAAGGCAACUGCAACUCGCAUUUGAGGACCUUGGUGCGAGAGCGGCAACACAGAUGAAUGAGUAACAGCGCACAUGAGAAAAUUGAGCUUCUGAUGUGAUUAAAUGUAAAUGUAAUUAAAGCAAAAAUAGCCUACAUGAAAGUGAGAGAGUAAACAUAAUUGAGGUUAGUUACAAGUGAAGUGUCCUGGCUUCGCAUCAGUUCAAAAGAUUGACGAGUGAUUGAAGUGACUGCCUGGGAGCUGUGUGGGAGAGCCGGGCAGAUCAGCUCAAUCAGACCACGCAACUGAAAGAUGUAAAUUCUGCCAAAGGAUUACAUUAAAUAUUCUGCAUGCAUGCUUAUGGUUGGACAAAACAAUUGAAAAGGAGCUUCAUGUCAAAUUAAAUGUCCAUUAGUCUCACAUGGAAUUCACAUCUUUGUAAUAGUUAUAGUUUUUUUCCCAGGGCAUCUCGUUAUCGUCAAUAGUUUUAGUCAGGAAAAAGAUUGAGUAUUUUUCAUCAUAGUUAUUGUUAACUAAGUUAACAUUGCUGUCUGUACUCCUCUCUGUCUAUAUCCCGACCUGUACUUACAUAUUGCCUGUUCUAUGAUCAACCCAUAAAUAAUCUACAUGCAACAGUGUCUCUUGUGCCUUUCACAAUGAUUUCACAAGGCUUAUUUAACACGAUAUGCCUGAAUACUUAUAACAAAUAAGCUAACAAAUAAACAUGUUUUUCUUUCAAUUAUUGAAUUACCUACAUGAUGUUAUUUCACGUUAUCCCUUUGGAGGGCACUAUCACGUUGUUAAAAAAUAUGACUAGAUCAGGCAAUUUAUAUAACAGUAAUAUUGUCAAAAUUCUGCUUUUACCAACCAUAACAAAAAAAAAUGUAUGCAUGCAAACAUACUGUGCAUUCGGAAAGUAUUCAGACCCCUUGACUUUUUCUACAUUUUGUUACGUUACAGCCUUAUUCUAAAAUUGAUUACAUUAGUUUUUCCCCCCUCAUAUCUACACACAAUACACCAUACUGACAAAGCAAAAACAGGUUUUUAGCCAUUUUUGCUAAUUUAUAAAACAAUUACCGGAAAUAUCACAUUUACAUAAGUAUUCAGACUCUUUUCUCAGUACUUUGUUGAAGCACCUUUGGCAGUGAUUACAGCCUCGAGUCUUCUUGGGUAUGACGCUUCAAGCUUGGCACACCUGUAGGCUCUGUCGUAGCCGGCCGCGACCGGGAGACCCAUGGGGUGGCGCAUAAUUGGCCCUGCGUCGUCCAGGGUAGGGGAGGGAAUGGCCGACAGGGAUGUAGCUCAGUUGGUAGAGCAUGGCGUUUGCAACGCCAGGGUUGUGGGUUCAAUUCUCACGGGGGGCCACUAUGAAAAAUAAAAUAAUGUAUGUACUCACUAACUGUAAGUCGCUCUGGAUAAGAGCGUCUGCUAAAUGACUAAAAUGUCAAUGUAAAUGUAUUUGGAGUUUCUCCCAUUCUUCUCUGCAGAUCCUCUCAAGCUCUGUCAGGUUGGAUGGGGAGCGUCAUUGCACAGCUAUUUUCAGGUCUGUCCAGAGAUGUUCGAUCGGGUUCAAGUCCGGGCUCUGGCUGGGACACUCAAGGACAUUCAUAAACUUGUCCCAAAGCCACUCCUGCGUUGUCUUGGCUGUGUGCUUAGUGUCAUUGUCCUGUUGGAAGGUGAACCUUCGCCCCAGACUAAGGUCCUGAGCGCUCUGGAGCAUGUUUUCAUCAAGGAUCUCUCUGUACUUUGCUCUGUUCAUCUUUUGCCUCGAUCCUGUCUAGUCUCCCAGUCCCUGCCGCUGAAAGACAUUACAUUUACAUUACAUUUUAGUCAUUUAGCAGACGCUCUUAUCCAGAGCGACUUACAGGAGCAAUUAGGGUUAAGUGCCUUGCUCAAGGGCACAUUUACGUCAUUUAGCAGACGCUCUACAGCAUGAUGCUGCCACCACCAUGCUUCACCGUAGGGAUGGUGCCAGGUUUCCUCCAGACGUGAUGCUUGGCAUUCAGGCCAAAGAGUUCAAUCUUGGUUUCAUCAGACCAGAGAAUCUUGUUUCUAAUGGUCUGAGAGUCUUUAGGUGCCUUUUGGUAAACUCCAAGCGGGCUGUCAUGUGGCUUUUACUGAGGAGUGGCUUCCGUCUGGCCACUCUACCAUAAAGGCCUGAUUGGUGUAGUGCUGCCGAGAUGAUUUUCCUUCUGUACGGUUCUCCCAUCUCCACAGAGGAACUCUAGAGCUCUGUCAGAGUGAUCAUCGGGUUUUUGGUCACCUCCCUGACCAAGGCCCUUCUCCCCCGAUUGCUUAGUUUGGCCGGGCGGCCAGCUCUAGGAAGACUCUUGGUAGCUCCAAACUUCUUCCAUUGCGGGCCUUCAAUGCUGCAGAAAUGUUUUGGUACCCUUCCCCAGAUCUGUGCCUCGACACAAUCCUGUCUUGGAGCUCUACGGACAAUUCCUUCGACCUCAUGGCUUGGUUUUUGCUCUGACUUGCACUGUCAACUGUGGGAGCUUAUAUAGACAGGUGUGUGCCUUCUCAAAUCAUGUCCAAUCAAUUGAAUUUACCACAGGUGGACUCCAAUCAAGUUGUAGAAACAGCUCAAGGAUGAUCAAUGGAAACAGGAUGCACCUGAGCUCAAUUUCGAGUCUCAUAGCAAAGGGUCUGAAUAAUUAUGUAAAUAAAGUAUCUGUUUUUGUUUUAUGUUUUUUUGCACAAAACAAUGACCCUUUCGCUUUGUCAUUAUGGGGUAUUGUGUGUAGAUUGCUAUUUUUUAAUCCAUUUUAGAAUAAGGCUGUUAUGUAACAAAAUGUGGAAAAAGUAUUGGGGCUGAAUACUUUCCGAAGGCACUGUAUUAGGUGAUAAUUAAGAAAAGUGAUCGUCAGGCGAAAUUACUGUAUAUCAAACGUUUUACCAUUGCAACAUUAAGAUGUACAGUCACAUUCACCAUGGUUGUCUGAAGCGUGCUAUAGAGUUCACAACUGGCGAUGCCUCAUUGCGAUUGGUUAUUCCCCAUCAUUUGCAACAAUGUCAAUGAAGCGUCAUCACUAUCUUUCCUUUGUGGUACCUCAAACUGUUUUGAUUACCAGCUGAGUUGAUUUUACUCCUGGCUCAGAGUUUGUCUGGUCAAGGUCUUAACAUCAUCCUAGAAACUACUCUAAGCUGGGUUUUAACAGGAUUCCCAGGACCUUUUCUGAUAUGCUUUGUGGAUACGGGCCCUGAUCUUAAAAAUAUUUAUAUACGGUGCCUUCAGAAAGUAUUCAUACCCGUUGGUUUAUUACAUAUUUUGUUGUGUUACAGCCUGAAUUCAAAAUCUCACACAUCUACACACAAUACCCCAUAAUGACAAAGUGAAAACAUGUUUUUAGAGAAUGUAUUGACAUUUCAUUGUAGAUUUGGCCUUGUGUUUUGGGUUGUUUUCUUCUCUCAGUGUCUGGUGGAAAGCAGACUGAACCAGCUUUUCCUCUAGGAUUUUGUGCUCCAUUCCGUUAGUUUUUUAUCCUGAAAAACUCCCCAGUCCUUAAUGAGUACAAGCAUACCCAUAACAUGAUGCAGCCACCACUAUAUUUGAAAAUAUGGAGAGUGGUACUCAGUAAUGUGUUGUAUUGGAUUUGCCCCAAACAUAACACUUUGUAUUCAGGACAAAAAGUUAAUUGCUUUGACACAUUUUUUGCUGUAUUACUUUAGUGCCUUAUUGCAAACAGGAUGCAUGUUUUGGAAUAUUUGUAUUCUGUACAGGCUUCCUUUUCAUUCUGUAUUGUGAAGUAACUACAAUGUUGUUGAUCCGUCCUCAGUUUUCUGUCACAGCCAUUAAACACUAACUGUUUUAAAGUCAACGUUAGCCUCAUGGUGAAAUCCCUGAGCAUUUUCUUCCCCCUCUGGCAACUGAGUUAGGAAGGAUGCCUGUAUCUUUGUAGUGACUGGGUGUAUUGACACACCAUCCAAAGUUUAAUUAAUUACGUCACCAAGCUCAAAGGGAUAUUCAAUGUCAGCUUUUUUUUAUUUAGACCAAUCUACCAAUAGGUGCCCUCCUUUGCAAGGCAUUGGAGCGUCAUCACUAUCUUUCCUCGACUGAGGGACCUUACAGAUAAUUUUAUGUAUGGGUUACAGAGAUGAGGUAGUCAUUCAAAAAUCAUGUUAAACACUAUUAGGCAAUAACUCAAAAAGGAAGUACCCGUAAUAAGGAUUGUUCAAUGGUGGUCUGACCAAUCGGAAUCCAUGUUUCAAGAUUGUUUUGAUCACGUGGACUGGGAUGCCUCUGAGAAUAACAUUGAUGUAUACACUGACACAGUGACUGAGUUCAUCAGGAAGUGUAUAGGGGAUGUUGUUCCCACUGUGACUAUAAAAACCUAUCCAAACAUAAAUCUGUGGGUAGAUGGCAGCAUUCGCGCAAAACUGAAAGCGCAAACCACCCCAUUUAACUACGGCAAGGUGACUGAGAAUAUGGUUGAGUACAAACAGUCCAGUUAUGCCCUUCAUAAGGCAAUCAAACAGGCAAAACAUCAGUACAGAGACAAAGUGGAGUCACAAUUCAACGGCUCAGUCACGAGAAGUAUGUGGCAGGGACUCCAGACAAUCACAGAUUAUAAAGGAAAAACCUGCCACGUCUUGCUCCCGGACAAGCUAAACACCUUAUUCACCUGCUUCGAGGAAAACAGUGCCGCCGACGCGGGCCACCACUGCUCCCGUGGACUGUGACCUCUCGUUCUCCGUGGCCGACGUGAGUAAGACAUUUAAGCGUGUUAACCCUGCCGGCCCAGGCGGCAUCCCUAGCCGCGUCCUCAGUGCAUGCGCAGACCAGUUGGCUGGAGUGUUUACGGACAUAUUCCAUCUCUCCCCAUCCCUGUCUGUUGUCCCCACUUGAUUCAAGAUGUCCACAAUUGUUCCUGUUCCAAGAAAGUGAAGGUAACUGAACUAAAUGACUAUCGCCCCGUAGCACUCACUUCUGUCAUCAUGAAGCGCUUUGAGAAGUUAGUUAAGGAUCAUAUCACCUCCACCUUACCCGACACCCUAGACCCACUGCUAUAUACCACCCCAAUAGAUCCACGGAUGUCACAAUCGCCAUCGCAGUGCCCUAUCCCAUCUGGACAAGAGGACUACCUAUGUAAGAAUGCUGUUAAUUGGAUUCCCAGGCUCAGCUUCAACACAUUUACAUUUACAUUUACAUUUUAGUCAUUUAGCGACACUCUUAUCCAGAGCGACUUCCAGGAGCAAAUUAGGGUUAAGUGCCUUGCUCAAGGGCACAUUUACGUCAUUUAGCAGACGCGCUUAUCCAGAGCGACUUACAAAAUUGUGCAUUCACCCUCCUCUAGCCAGUGGGAUAACCACUUACAAUUUAUGUAUUUAUUUUUUUAUUUUUUUGGGGGGGGGGUGUUGAAGGAUUAACUUUAUCCUAUCCCAGUAUCCUUAAAGAGGUGGGGUUUCAAAUAUGUCUCCGGAAGGUGGUGGAGUGACUCCGCCCUGUCCUGGCGUCGUGAGGGAGGCUUGUUCCACCAUUGGUGGUGCCAGAGCAGCCGAACAGUUUUGACUGGGGGGCUGAGCGCGGGGGACCUAUGCUUCCGCAGAGGCAAGGGGAGCCAGCAGGCCAGAGGUGGAUGAACGCAAUGCCCUCGUUUGGGUGUAGGGACUGAUCAGAGCCUGAAGGUACGGAGGUGCCGUUCCCCUCACUGCUCCAUAGGCAAGCACCAUGGUCUUGUAACGGAUGCGAGCUUCAACUGGAAGCCAGUGGAGUGUGCGGAGGAGGGGGGGUGACGUGAGAGAACUUGGGAAGGUUGAACACCAGACGGCCUGCGGCAUUCUGGAUGAGUUGUAGGGGUUUAAUGGCACAGGCAGGGAGCCCAGCCAACAGCGAGUUGCAGUAAUCCAGACGGGAGAUGACAAGUGCCUGGAUUAGGACCUGUGCCGCUUCCUGUGUAAGGCAGGGUCGUACUCUCCGAAUGUUGUAGAGCAUGAACCUGCAGGAUCGGGUCACCGCCUUGAUGUUAGCGGAGAACGACAGGGUGUUGUCCAGGGUCACGCCAAGGCUCUUCGCACUCUGGGAGGAGGACACAACGGAGUUGUCAACCGUGAUGGCGAGAUCAUGGAACGGGCAGUCCUUCCCCGGGAGGAAGAGCAGCUCAGUUGCCAGGUUCAGCUUGAGGUGGUGAUCCGUCAUCCAUAUGAUAUGUCUGCCAGACAUGCAGAAAUGCGAUCGCCACCUGGUUAUCAGAAGGGGGAAAGGAGAAGAUUAGUUGUGUAUCGUCAGGUAGCAAUGAUAGGAGAGGCCAUGUGAGGAUAUGACAGAGCCAAGUGACUUGGUGUAUAGGAGCGAAAAGGAAGGGCCUAGAACUGAGCCCUGGGGGACACCAGUGGUGAGAGCACGUGGUGCGGAGACAGCUUCUCGCCACGCCACUUGGUACACCAUAGUACCCUCCAAGCUCAUCAUUAAGGUUCUUAACAACGCUCUGUGCAACUGGAUCCUGGACUUCCUCACGGGCUGCCCCCAGGUGGUAAAGGUAGGCAACAACACCUGGACUAUGCUGAUCCUCAACACAGGGGCCCCACAAUGGUGCAUGCUCAGACCCCUCUACUAUGUUCACCCAUAACUGCGUGGCCAUGCACGUCUCCAACUCAAUCAUCAAGUUUGCAGACGACACAGUGGUAGGCCUGAUCGACGGGCCUCAGUGGAGUAGGUGAAAAGCUUCCACUGACAAUCUGAAAUGGUCCACCCAUACAGACAUUGUGGUGAAGAAGGCGCAACAGCGCCUCUUCAACCUCAGGAGGCUGAAGAAAUUCAGCUUGGCCCCUAAGACCCUCACAAACUUUUACAUAUGCACCAUUUGAGAGCAUCCUGUCGGGUUGUAUCACCGCCUGGUACGGCAACUGCACUGUCCGCAACCGCAGGGCUCUCCAGAGGGUGGUGCGGUCUUCCCAGAGCGUUGUGCGGUCUUCCCAACGCAUCACCGGGAGGGCAAUGCCCUCCAGGAUAUCUACAGCACCCGGUGUCACAGGAAGGCCAAGAAGAUCAUCAAGGACCUCAGCCACCCAAGCCACGGCCUGUUCACCAUCCAGAAGGCAAGGUCAGUACAGGUACAUCAAAGCUGGGACCGAGAGAUCGAACAUCUCUGGAGAGACCUGAAAAUAGCUGUGCAGCAAUGCUUCCCAUCCAACCUGACAGAGCUUGAGAGGAUCUACAGAGAAGAAUGGGAGAAACUCCCCAAGUACAGGUGUGCCAAGCUUGUAGCGUCAUACCCAAGAAGACUUGAUGCUGUAAUCGCUGUCAAACGUGCUUCAACAAAGUACUGAGUAAAGGGUCUGAGUACUUAUGUAAAUGUGAUAUUUCUUUAUUUUAAAUAAAUUAACAAAAUUCUAAAAAACGGGUUUUUGCUUUGUCAUUAUGGGGUAUUGUGUGUAGAUUGAGGGAAAAAACGAUUUUAUCAAUUUUAGAAUAAGGCUGUAACGUAACAAAAGGUCAAGGGGUCUGAAUACUUUCCGAUGUCUAUUUAUUUUUGUAUUCAUUUUUUCCCAAUUUUUUUGUACUCCGACAUUGCUCGUCCUAAUAUUUCAAUAUUUUUUAUUCCAUUAUUUUACUUUUUUGAUGUGUGUGUAUUGUUAGAUAUUCCUGCACUGUUGGAGCCAGGAACACAAGCAUUUCGCUACACCUGCAAUAACAUCUGCUAAAUAUGUGUAUGCGACCAAUAAGAUUUGAUUUAUUAUUGCACACAGUGAGUCCAUGCAACUUAUUAUGUGACUUGUUAGGCACAUUUGUACUCCUGAACUUAUUUAGGCUUGCCAUAACUAAGGGGUUGAAUAUUUAUUGACAAGACAUUUCAGCUUUUCAUUUGUAAUUAAUUUGUAAACAUUUUGUAAAACAUAAUUCCGCAUUAUGUGGUAUUGUGUUUAGGCCAGUGACAAAAAAUCUAAAUGUAAGCAAUUUUAUAUUCAGGCUGUAAUACAACAAAAUGUGGAAAAAGUCAAGGGGUGUGAAUACUUGCUGAAAGCACUGUAUAGGUUAGGGGUUAGGUGCUCUGGGGAUGGAUUUGGAAUUGGGUAAUUGAUACUUAUAAGUCUGUCCUGUGUUCCCAGGGAAGCGUGGGGUGCUGAAGCGGCCCUGGUCAGAGGCGGAGCGCGUCGCCGUGGAGACGCACCUGAAGAGGAACAUCAUGGAGCUCCGCGUGCCAGCCAAGGCAGACUGUGAGCGCUGCUUGCAGCUCUGCCCCCUGCUGGUCAGCAACCAGCGCGACUGGAGGGCCAUCAAGUUUUACUGCCACAACCGCAUUCAGCUACUGAAGAAGCAAGGCAGGAAGGAGAGUGCAGGACAAGGGGCACUCUGUUAG